AUGACUUUGGUGCACACCAUCAAUGAGAGGGUAGCGCGAAGCCCGAUCGGAAGAUGGUUUCGGCUUGAAGGGUCCGGCCACAAGAAGGCCCGCAACGGGUCUUUCUUCUUUACUGAGCUUCGCGCUGGCUUGGCCACCUUCUUCGCCAUGGCCUACAUUAUAGCCGUGAAUUCGAGCAUUGUGGCAGAUACUGGAGGCACAUGUGUCUGCAACGGUGGAGCGGAUGAUCCAAUGUGUGCGAAUAACGAAGAUUAUUUGCUGUGCGUGAAUGAGAUCAAGAGAGACCUCGUCACUGCCACGGCUGCCAUUUCUGCGCUGUCCUCAUUCUGCAUGGGUUUGUUCGCAAACUUACCCGUCGGACUUGCCCCUGGCAUGGGGCUGAAUGCCUACUUCAGUUAUACUGUGGUCCUCGGAAAUGGCGUCCCUUACCAGGUUGCAUUGACGGCCAUCUUCGUUGAGGGCUGGAUUUUCUUUGCCCUCGCACUCUUCGGCAUGCGACAGUGGCUCGCACGUGCUAUCCCACGGUCCAUCAAGCUCGCAACUUCCGUCGGCAUCGGCCUGUUCCUGACACUCAUUGGCCUGACCUACUCGGAGGGCAUCGGUCUCAUCGUUGGCGCGACAGACACGCCCACCACGCUGGCCGGCUGUGUGGAUGCGUUACGCGACCCAGACACCGGCUUGUGUCCUGACGGGGCCAAAAUGCGCAACCCACGCAUGUGGAUCGGCAUCUUUUGCGGCGGAAUCCUGACAAGUCUGCUCUUGAUCUAUCGGGUGAAAGGAGCCAUUCUCUUUGGCAUCAUUCUGGUCUCCAUCAUCUCGUGGCCUCGUACGACCUCUGUAACAUACUUUCCCUACACGGCCGCCGGCGACGAUGCCUUUGACUUUUUCAAGCAGGUAGUCAGCUUCCACCCGAUUAGGAAGACCCUGAAUGUGCAGGAUUGGGACAUCGCUCAGUAUGGCGGUCAGUUCGGCUUGGCGCUCAUUACGUUCCUCUACGUCGACAUUCUGGACUGUACCGGCACUCUGUACUCGAUGGCCAGAUACGCCGACCUGGUCGAUCCUGUGACCCAGGAUUUCGAGGGUUCCACUUUGGCCUACAUGGUAGAUUCGAUUUGCAUCUCGAUUGGUGCUCUUCUCGGCUGCCCGCCGGUGACAGCAUUUGUUGAGAGUGGUGCGGGCAUCGGUGAAGGCGGCAAGACUGGUCUUACUGCCAUGACGGCGGGAAUAUGUUUCUUCAUCUCCAUAUUCUUCGCCCCGAUCUUUGCUUCCAUUCCUCCUUGGGCGACAGGCUGCGUGCUGGUCCUCGUGGGGAGCAUGAUGACACUCUCUGUGACGGAGAUUAACUGGCGCUACCCUGGCGACAGCAUUCCCGCCUUCGUCACCAUCGCCCUCAUGCCCUUUUCCUACUCGAUCGCGGACGGCCUCAUUGCUGGUAUCUGCGUUUACAUCGUACUCAACACGACGGUAUGGGUGCUCGAGAAGGUCUCGGGCGGACGCAUUGUCCCACCCAACAAGCACGAGAAAGAAGAGUGGACGUAUAAGAUCCAAGGCGGCCUCCUGCCACCGUGGACGAAGAGGUUGGCGAAAGGCAAGAAGGACUUUUGGAGGGCUGACGAGCAGAGUGAAGUCAUAGGUCAGGGAGAAGUCAGGACAAGUGACAGCCUGGCUACCGAGGCUGUAGCAGACGACAAGGGUGAGAAAUGA